AUGUCUGUACCUGCUAUUGUUUUCACCGACUGGGACGGAACUGUUACCCUCCAAGACUCUAACGAUUACUUGACAGAAAACCUUGGGUUUGGUCGUCCUCGCAGAUUAGAGAUCAACGACGAAAUUUUGAACGGCGAGAAGAGUUUUAAAGAUGGAUUCUCAGAGAUGUUGAGGUCCAUUCCUACCCCAUUCCCUGAAUGUAUUGACUAUCUCUUGAAACACGUCAACUUGGACCCCGGUUUCAAGGAGUUUUACACCUGGUGCAAAUCCAAGAAUAUCCCAGUGAUUGUUGUUAGCAGUGGAAUGACCCCAAUUAUUCGCGCCUUGCUUGCCAAUCUCGUUGGUGAGGAUGUCGUUGAGGACAUCGAGAUCAUCUCUAACUCUGUUAACAUUGACGAGGAGACUGGCAAAUGGGAAAUUGUGUACAAGGACCCAGACACUGGAUUUGGUCACGAUAAAAGCAAGUCAAUUCGUGAAUACUUGUCUAAAAAGGGCUACACGGCUGAGAAUAUGCCCGCAUUAUUCUACUGUGGUGACGGUGUUUCUGACUUGUCAGCUGCCAAGGAGACUGACUUGUUGUUCGCCAAGCACGGACGUGAUUUGAUCACUUACUGCAAGAGAGAAAACAUUCCUUACACCGAAUUCGAGGAUUUUGCUGACAUCUUCAGCAAGACAAAAAGCAUUAUUGAGGAUGGAAAGCAAAUUGCCGAUUACAUCGAGAAUUGA